AGACAAGUGGAUCCAGUUGGAGAGUUUCGGGGCUCCGACAAUGUUUUAAUGGUUACUUGAGAAAAAUUAAUGAAUCAAAAUUCAAAAGCCGUUUGCUUUUUUUGAAAUCUCCAUGGCGGAUAAGAAGGAGAUCAUCGAUAUCUACAGCUCAGAUGAGGAAGAGGAUGAUGAUUCUGAUGGCGAGAGUAGCGACGAAGACGAUUAUGAAGAAGAUAAUGAUGAUGAAGAAGAAGAUCGGAGUUUGAGUGGAGAUGAUAGUGAAUUGAGCGAAGAUGAUUCGAAUUCGGAUUCUGAUGACGACGAUGGAGAAGAUGAUGAGGAAGGGGAUGAUGAAGAAGAAGGUGAUGAAGACUCUCUUGUUGAUAAAGUCACUCGUCUAUUCAAAGGUUUAUCAAUUUAGGGUUUUAAUUUGUUCAUACCUUGCUUCGUUUGCAUCAAUUUAGGGGUUAUGAAUCUUGAUUGAUUGAUUAGUAUAGGGAACAUUUUGCUUAAUUUUGGGGGAAAUCAUUGAAUUUUGAAUUGCAUCAUUCUAAGUUUCUGUUAUAAAUUGGGAAUGCUGUU